AUGGAUCCAGCGCAAUUAUUAAUCUCUCAAAAUCGUUCAUUUGCAUCAUUAGAAUACGUUCUUCAGGGUAGUAUUCAAGAUGAAUCUGUAUAUUUGCUUAAAGCACGUCUACAAGGAUUAUGUGAUAAUAUAACUGGUGAAGUUGAACAAUUUGAUGAUCAUGAAAUAGUUUAUACUCUUCGUAUACCUGCUGCAUCAAAUGUAUCAUUACGUGUUCGUUAUGCAUUAGAUGAUUUACCCAAUCCAAUAUAUCAUUUACGUUAUGUGGCUUCUGCUGACUUAGAUAAAAAUCAAAAUGUUAGUGUACGACAAUUUCAUGAUUGUUGUGUAACAAAAAAUAUUCAAUUAUUUUUACAAGAACUUGGCUUUGUUCAUGAUCAUGAAUUUUAUGCUAAAGGUGAUAUAUUUCGAAAAGGAAGAAUGAAAAUAACAGUAGCAAAAAUUUCGACGGCAGCUGAACGAAAUCGUGGUGAUAUGAAUCCAAUGGCAACACGUCGACCAUAUACAAACUCAUGUUUCGUUGAAAUGUCGUUAAUUGGAUCGAUGCAUGAUGACAAAGUCGGAGAUGAAAUGAAAUCAUUUGCUGAACAACUUAAACCAUUAAUUUCUCUUGAAAAAAUUGAUCAAAAACGAUAA